AUGGCUCCUAAAAACCAAAUCUCAACCACUAGCUCUUCUUCUUCUUCUUCGACCCAACUCCACUCUUCAACCAAGUCCAUUUUCAAAGACAACAAUGGCAGAUCUUCAACCAGUUUCAAGAAGAGUUUCAGUUCUGAUGAGUUCGUUGACAAGAGAACCGGUCGUUUAGGGUUCAAGGAUGAGACCACUUAUUGUCGUACGGACAAAUACGACAACAAGAAUGAAGGGUAUGCUCAUGAGUACGAGACCAAAGUCAGGCUUAAGCAUGUUGCUUACCCUAAACCGUGCAGCCCCAACCACCAGAUCAAAUAUGAUGAUGAUGCUGAUGACGAUGGAUGCUAUGAUGACGGCGACGACGACGAUGAUGAUGGUGGUGACGACGACGAUGAUGGUUGUGAUGGUGGUGACGACGACGAUCAUGAUGAUGAUGGUUGCGAUGAUGGAUGUGAUGAUGAAGAUGAUGGUUGCGAUGAUGGAUGCGAUGAUGAAGAUGAUUGUUACGAUGAUGGAUGCGAUGAUGGUGAUUGUGAUGACUAUGAUGAUGAUGAUGACUACUACUAG